AUGCUUUAUCUCUUGCUUUCAACCAACCACUGCCGCCAGCACGCCUUUGCACGUCCGCCCGGUAUGUGUUCUCUCAAUCUCUAUGCUACCUCAUGUCAUUCAUUUCUCAAUGUUUAUGUGAUCCUCAAGCUACUAGAUAACGUUGGUUUCUUGACAACCAUGAAUACCCCAUCCACCUCGCGGGGUGCACCAUCAUGGCAGGCUGUCCUCGAUGCUCGACUGGCUCAACCCCAACCUGAUUUCAUCCACUCAUGCACCAACUGCAAAGAGGAGGUUCCUUGGCGACGGUGCAAGUCAAACGAGAAUGGAAAUGAGGGCCGUUGGGUGGCAGUGUGCAAGAAAUUUGCUGGCGAGCAGCAAGUGCCAUGCAAUUUCUUUCGCUGGGCACGGGGCUCAACCAGUCCCUCCAGCUCCCCCACUUUGGCCGCAGCUCAAUUAGCCCCAACCACUAUCGUCCAGCCAGCUCAGCUAGUCCCAACCGCUGUCGUCCAGCCUGCUGCCUUGAGCAAUGCCACAUUGCUCCUUAUGUGUGCUGCCCUGGUCUGCAAGAAGCGCCCCCAUGCACAUUGUGAGAACGCUGCAUGCCGAACACAUUGCAGCCUGUUGGGUGGUUGUUCCGUCAAAGGACAUACCUCCGCUGUUGUGUUGGAUCUAUCAUUGGCGCUUCGAACACCUCAUCAGCCUCAAGCAUGUCCACCUAUGCCUCCACCCCCACCUUCGCAGCCAGCAUUGAUUCUUGAUGCUGCACCCUCUGACUUGGACGUCCGUCUGUCCCCACCCUUGGCCUCUUUAUCGGAAGUUCCUGAGCCUCCUGCACAAGUCCAGAAGGGCAAGGGUCGUGCUGUUGAGCUUCCAGAUGCUAGUGAACCUGUGCAGCUUCCUUCACGCAUGGUUGCUGGCCCAUCACAACCCAAAGCCUGA